AUGACGACACUCACAAAAUCACGAUUAGAACAAGUUAAACAAGUUUUUAUUCAACGUAACAAGGAAAAGCAUGAUGAUGAAGAAUUACGUUUUAUUGCAGAAAUUAUUGAAAAAGUUAGUGAUGAAUAUCACUUAGAAUCACUAGUUACCAUUGAUUAUUUAAUAAAAAAGAAGAAUCGAAAUGAAAUGAUGCAUUAUUCACGAAAGAUCAAGAAAUAUGCAUUAUCAAGCAGUUCUGGUGAUUGGAACUUGGUCGAAUUUUUAUCAAACCAACCAGAAUUAGAAAAUCAUUUAUUCAUAAGCGAAGUAAAUGCAUUGAACGGUCCUUUUUUUUUUGCUUGUGUCAACGAUUGA